AUGGUGGAGCACGGCGGCCUGGACAUCAUGUGCCUCAACAAGUACUGCCACAGCUCCUCGUCGUCGUCCAGCUCCGAGCAGGACAAGAUUUUCAGCAAACUAAAGAUGGGCUUGUCGGGGGACUACCCGCGGAAGAACGCGGAGAUCCGGGCGUCAGGACGGACCAACCUGCUGCUGAUCGGGGCGGCGCUGAUGCUGGCCAUUGCGCAUCAUGACCCCUCCGUCAGGGAAGAGCACCUGCUGUCCUUCGCCACCUGCCUCAUGAUCCUCCAGCUGAUCUGGAUGAUGUGGUACAUCCUGGUGCGGGAGAGGCAGAAGAACACGCGCACCGAGAGAGAUGUGCACGCCACCACGUGCUGGAUAAGAGGUGGAUUGACUCUUCUUGCACUCCUUUCACUGAUUAUGGACGCUUUCCGAAUUGGGUAUUAUGUUGGCUAUCAGUCUUGUGUGUCGGCUGUGCUCGUAUAUCCUGUCAUCCAUGCAAGUCACACCAUAGCACAGGUGCACUUUCUCUGGUUUCACAUUAAAGACGUCAUUAAGAGCUUUGAGACAUUUGAAAGAUUUGGUGUAAUCCAUGCAGUGUUUACCAACCUCCUCCUGUGGUGCAGCGGCGUGAUGUCAGAGGCUGAGCACUUCUUGAACAACCAUAAGAGAAGACUUUCUGCCUUGGGCUAUGAAAACCUCACUAUAGAGCACUCAGAGCCAGCCUGUAACUGCACCACCAGCACAUGCUCCAUGUUCUCCAGCAGCCUCUACUAUCUCUACCCAUUCAACAUUGAGUACCACAUCUUUGUCUCUGCCUUGCUUUUUGUCAUGUGGAAGAACAUUGGACGCAACAUUGACCUCUCUUCAAACCGGAAGCGACUGGUUACCAAAACCCAGGGCUUGACCUUAGGCCCCAUUGUGGGUCUGCUUGCACUUGCCAGCACCAUCGGGAUACUGGUGGUCUACAUUACCCAUGUAGAGAAGUCCCUCCUGAUGCGUCAGUCGGCCAUUUCUAUGUUCUACAUUUACGGCAUCGUCAUGCUGGUGGUCAUGUGCUUCGCCGGUGCUUCAGGUCUCGUCAUAUACCGAGCGAACCACAUGCCACUGGACACCUCCAAGAAUCCGUCCAGACAGCUGGACACAGAGCAGCUUUUCGGAUCCUCCAUUGGGUCCUGGUUCAUGUCCUGGUGCAGUGUAGUGGCUGUGUUGAGCACCCACAGCAACCCGCCCUACCGCUGGACCAACCUCAUCUACUCCCUGCUUAUCGUGUUGGAGAAGUACGUCCAGAACCUCUUCAUCAUAGAGUCCCUGUACCGCCAGCAGGAGGGCAGCGAGCGGGACGACCCAGAGUUACCUGCUGCUCCGGAGAUCUUCUCAGUCACCUCGUCUCUGGCUCCUCCGUACAAUGGCAUCAUCAACCGGUCUUACGAGACUCCGGAGAGAACCUGUGUCACCAUGGAGAACGAGCAGGAGGAGAGCGGCCAGGUGUACCGGUGUCCACGGAAACACUCCGAGGUGCCGCUGCCUGUGGGGAAAAAAGUGGCCGAGUCUCCGAAUAUAAAGAGGCAGAUCCUGAAGAACAUCGCAGUUUUACUGAUAAUGUGCAACAUUUCGCUUUGGAUCCUCCCUGCUUUUGGCUGCAGGCCUCAGUACGACAACGGGCUGGAACAGGAGACAUUCGGUUUCAGCAUAUGGACCACAGUUCUCAAUUUCGCUAUUCCUUUGAACCUUUUUUACCGCAUGCACUCGGUUGCAUCUCUCUUCGAGGUGUUUCGCAGAGCCUGACGGAUCACCAGCAGGAUGACAAUGCCAGAUAACGUGCACAGGAACACUUGUCACCACCGGCUCCCGGCAGUGUCUCAUGGCGCAGGUCAACCGUUCAGGAGGCAGUCUGGGUCACACUUCAGCAGACUUGAAGACAAGCCGUGGAGACAGACCAAAUGUAGGUCCCUCAGUCGGGUGAUCGCAGAGGAAGAGGCACCUGUUAGCCUGAGUUUCUUGAAGAAAAACCUUCUAUAACACGAGACUUUUUAAAGAGUGAUGAAAAGAUUCCUUGG